AUGAAAACAUUAGCCAGAGAAGCAACAGAAAAAUUAAGUAGAACAACAAUUGGCUCAGUUAGUUCUUUGAAUGCUGCUAAAACAUGUUAUUCGUGUAAUGGAUUUGGUCAUGUGUCCAGACAGUGCCCUACUAUGAACAACUUCAGGCAAAAUAAUACUGCACGGCGACAAACUAAGUUUUGUUAUUCAUGUCAAAAACCAGGACAUUUGGCAAAAUCCUACCCCUUGGCUAAUCAACAACCAGUUAAUACUAAGCUCCAAGGUUAUGAUAAGAAUUGGCAAAUGGAUAGACACGUGACCAUUUGCUAUCGUUGUGGGAAUAGUGGCCAUAUUGCAAAGUUCUGUAAUGCCAAGUUGGAGGGAGGUCUGGGUUCUAGUAGAGAUGGUGAAAGCCCCAAGAAAAAUGAUUCAAAAAUCAGACUGUCUACCGUUUCUUCAGCGAGUAAGAAGAAAACCCUUAUGGUCGAGACUACUAUUAAUGGGAAAAAUAAACUUUGUAUAGUUGACACUGGCGCAUCUAUUUCAUUAGUUAGUAAAGACCAGUGGCAACCUCUUAAACUGGAUGAUACCCCAUUAUUUCCAUCCGAUAUUGUUGCAGAAGCCGCUAACAAUUCUCCCAUUGAGAUUUUGGGCAAAACCACCUUGAAUGUGCAAUUUGAUGAAAACAACAAGUCAUCUCAUGACUUUUAUGUGGCUAAUGAAAUGGUGUCUGAAAUUAUUCUGGGUUUAGAUUGGUUAGUAACUAACAAAGUAAAUGUCGAUAUGGCUGAAAUGGUUUUGAAAUUCCCAGAUGGUACCGAAACAUGA